AUAUAAUGAUGAAUCCUUGCAGUCACGAAAGCUUUAAAUCGAAAGACGCAAUUUAUAUUGUGUCUUUGCGUGCUCAUUAGUUCUCAGUUCAUAUCGCCUGCCUGGGCUGAGUGCCAGGACCCCUCCUUCCUUGCAUAGGUGUCCAGUGAGCUUCACCCCGGCGCCUGCCUCUGCACCGUCACCACCGUAGUAGCUACGUGCAUCGCCGUCUGUGGAUUAGGAGGCCCCUUUUGCGGCUCGUCGUUCUUUUCUGAACGGAGAGCGAGGCUGAGCGCAUCCUGCCAGCAUUUCGGCCGCUGCUGGUUUAGCGGGUUUUGAAAGGGGGGGGGGGUAGGCGGAAAAAAAGCCAACCUCGCAUCAUUGAUUUAUUUGUGGAUCGUAUGAUGUGCUCGCGCCCGCGAAAGGUUUAGGGGAGGAGGAAAUCAGUGUGGAUAGAGGGAAAGAAGAGAGCGAUACAGACAUAAUCAGAGACGGUGAUAAUCCUGCUGUGUAAUCUAAAUCAGAAGACGGUGGAAGAAGAGGCUUUGUGCACUGUGUGGAAUUCGACGAGGAAUACAUUUGCCAAAAAAAAAAAUUUGAGCUUGCACGCACGCACGCGCGUGUGGUGGUGGUGGUGGUAGGACGAACCAAGCGGGAAUCCCUCAAGGUGGAAAGGAAAACAGAGAGGAGAGGGAGGUUGGGGCUGGUGGUGGGGGGGGUGGUAGCUGCCAUUGCUGGCUGCUGCUACUGGCUGCUGCUGCUACUGCUGCGGCGACGGCACCAUCAGAGGCCGCAAUCCGUGGCCUUCGUGUGUUUACACGAAGGCUAUCGCCCGGGCUACGGGCGCACGUCUCCCCGUGCGUUGCUGGGCCGUCGAGUCUCGGGGGAGGCGGCCGCGGCGCACCAUUGCGAUCGCUCGAGACCCCCCUUGGUGGCGGGGGGGAGGGCAGUGGACCGACGUCCCGGGGACGCGCGCCUUCGGAUGCACGUGCAAAUUGCGCCGUUCGUUGUUGACGCUGCCGUCUCGACCGCCGUCUCUCUCUCUUUCUCUCCCUUUCUUUCUUGCGGUGGCGACGACUCGGCCCGCAUCCCUUCCUCGCAAGACGACAUUGAGGAGCUCGGCGCCCAGAAUUCUGCAGCGCCCGGUGUGAUGGUGGUGGGUUGCGGGGGUGGGUAGGUAGAAUGUUAAUGACGGCGGCUGCAGGUCGGUCCGAACGUGCCCGGGUUUGAUGACUUGCCGCGCACGUGUUUGGUGCCGUGCGUGCGCCGGGCCUGCGCUUAGGGUGGAGCGGUGAAAGCGCUGCGAAAACUGGCGAAGCCGAGGUUACGAUUCACCGCCAAUACCGGUGACGGAUUAUCUGAACCGGUCCCGGGCCUCCCCUAGGUCGACUCGGCCUCAAGCGAGUGCAGUACUCCGGUGCGACGUGCAAGCAUCGCCCACCCACCACCCCCUCCAGGGAGACAAAGGCGGCCCCGCCCGUGGUGGUAGCCACCCCACUUCUCUCGCUCGCUUAUAGCAACUUGCCCCAAAAGUCCGCUGAGGCUGUACGGGGGACCUUUGCCUUGUACCGGGCCUGCACCCGCAGAUUUGCAAAGCCCAGAGGAGGAGUGCAUCGAUUUAUUUUCACCUUCCGUUGAAUAUUGAAGGAAUGAUCGUAUUUUUGGACGUAAUAAUAAUGGACACACUUUUACAUUGACUUUCUCGAAGACCUCAUUCAGCACGCCUCUCCAGGGAUGAUUGGAACUGAAGUAUUAAGAAGAAAACUUGCUGGAUGCUUAAGAGCUCCAUUGUGACGCUGUGUGAAGGGGGGUCGUUGGACUUCAAACAAAAAGGCAAAGCUGAAGACGCCGGAAUACGACGAGGGGGGUGGGGAGACAAGAAAAAAAACACGAAUAAUUUGUAAGGGAGAGGACACGUUAUUCUAUAUGACAAGAAGAACGUGCAUUGCUCUUCGAAUGUUGACAACGGAGAUCUUCAGGACAUUGGGAAGAGAGGCCACCAGAAGAGAUGCCCCUUUUAGAUGCUUUCUGCGACGUCUGCCCUAAGCCGUGGAUCAUGGGAUGCUGGGGUCAGUUCAAGAGGAUGUUGAACCGGGAGCUUACCCACCUCUCAGAAAUGAGUCGAUCUGGCAAUCAAGUUUCCGAGUUCAUCUCCAGCACCUUCUUGGACAAGCAGCAUGAGGUGGAACUUCCGGCGCCGACGACCAAAGAGAAGGAGAAGAAAAAGUCGCGACAGCCCAUGUCGCACAUCAGCGGAGUCCGCAAGCUCACGCACAGCUCGAGCCUCACGCACGCCUCCAUCCCGCGCUUCGGCGUCAAGACCGACCAGGAGGACACUCUGGCCAUGGAGCUGGACGAUGUCAACAAGUGGGGGCUGAACAUCUUCCACGUGGCCGAGUUUUCGCAAAACCGACCGCUCACCGUCGUCAUGUACGCCAUCUUCCAGGAGCGGGAUCUGCUGAAGACGUUCCGCAUCCCCGUGGACACGUUCAUCACGUACAUGAUGACGCUGGAGGACCACUACCACGCGGACGUCGCCUACCACAACAACCUGCACGCCGCUGACGUGGCGCAGUCCACGCACGUGCUGCUCUCCACGCCCGCGCUCGACGCCGUGUUCACCGACCUCGAGAUCCUGGCGGCCAUCUUCGCGAGCGCCAUUCACGACGUCGAUCACCCCGGAGUGUCCAACCAGUUCCUCAUCAACACCAAUUCGGAGCUGGCGCUGAUGUACAACGACGAGUCGGUGCUGGAGAACCACCACCUGGCCGUGGGCUUCAAGCUGCUGCAGGAGGAGAACUGCGACAUCUUCCAGAACCUGAGCAAGAAGCAGCGGCAGACCCUGCGCAAGAUGGUCAUCGACAUGGUUCUGGCCACAGACAUGUCCAAGCACAUGAACCUUCUGGCUGACCUCAAGACGAUGGUGGAGACCAAGAAGGUGACGUCCUCAGGUGUUCUCCUGCUGGACAACUACACCGACAGGAUACAGGUCCUGCAGAACAUGGUGCACUGCGCCGACCUGAGCAACCCCACCAAGCCGCUGGACGUCUACCGCCAGUGGACGGAGCGCAUCAUGGAGGAGUUCUUCCGGCAGGGCGACCGGGAACGCGAGCGCGGCAUGGAGAUCAGCCCCAUGUGCGACAAGCACAGCGCCUCCGUCGAAAAGUCACAGGUCGGCUUCAUCGACUACAUUGUGCACCCGCUGUGGGAGACGUGGGGCGACCUCGUGCACCCGGACGCCCAGGACAUCCUCGACACGCUGGAGGACAACCGCGACUGGUACCAGAGCAUGAUCUCCGACACGCCCUCCCCACCGCCGACCCACAAGUCCCCCAUGAUGCCCGGGUCGGGCGAUGGCGGCGGCGGUGGGGGCGGCGGUGGACCCGGCAGUGGCGGAGGUGGCGGUGGCCACUCCCUCGAGCCUGGGACCAACUCCUCGGCCGCGGUGGCGUCGACGGCGGGCACCGCCUCGCCGUCCGUCAUCAGCAUGCUGUCCACGCCGACGGCGACGACCGACCGCUUCCAGUUCGAGCUCACGUUGGAGGAGGAGGAGGAUGGCCACGUCGGGGAGGACGAGGAGGCGGAAGACGAGGAGGAGGACGACGAGGACAUUGACUCGGACGGGACGGAGCGUGGCAGCAGCUACGGCGGCGGCGGCGGCGGCGGCGGCGGCCGGAGGGCGACACGCGCCGCCGUGUGCGGGAGGAAGUCCAUCGCGAUGGCCAGCGGACCGUGCGGGAGGUCGGCGAGCGUCUCCGACUCGGCGCAGUCGGACACGACGCUGUCUUGCGACAGCUCUCCCGACACGUAGUAGCGGCCGCGGGGCCCCCCCCCCCCCCCCACUCCCGACGACUUGCACCCCCGAAUCCCCCGCCCCGACAAGCGUCGAAAACCAAACGACGAGAACCCACUGACGUUGUCGUCGUUGCUGUGGCCGCCGCCGCCGCCGUUGGGCCGCCGUUGGGCCGCCGUUGGGCCGACGCGAUCGCCGUGGCUUCUGGGGUCGCCUCGCCCGCCCGCCUUGGCACGAGGGGAGGAGCUGCGGGGGUCCCUUCUCGUUGUUCUGUCGCGGCCCGACCAUCGUCCCGAUGGUCGCGCGACGUGGCCAGGGGUGAAAUUGAAGGCCCUCUUUUGUGAACGCUCGCCCUGGCACGGUUGGCUUGUGACCACGUCGGAUGACAAGAGCGGGAAGAUGAGGAGGAAGUGAAGGAGAGAGCGAAGAGAUGUUUUGUACAGUUUACCCAUGCCCUCUGUAUAAACUCCACCGAUGACACAUCGACUUCCUUGGUUUCUUUUGAAACUGGACGUUACACUUUUUACCUUUUAAGUUCACGGUAGCUGUGAGCAUGCUACCACGUUUGCAAUAACUUAAGACACACACGUAUUCUUUAUUUUUAGCUUUUGCUGUCGAUCUCUCAUGCCGAGGUCACCGAAGUGAGAUCUUUAGAUUAUCUUCUGUUCUCCCACAAGUGACUGAGUGUACGUUGUGUCCCUCGCGACAACGCAAGACGUUUUUGUGUGUUCACAAAACAAACGUGUAUGGUAUGUUGUACUACCACGGCCCUCCAGACAGCAGAACGAUGGCAAAGUAUUACGUCCACCAAGUAUUGAGAAAAAUCUGCCUGCUCUUUCCGACUGGUCAUGGCUCGCUUGAUAUCGCAUUACUUAAGUUCCAUCGUUCCUUACCCCCCCCCCCAUCCGCCUCAUGUAUAAUGCAAAGAGAAAUGACCUAAGUACCAAAACGGAUUGCAUUUUUUUUGCUGUUGUACUAAUCUGAAUGAGUUGAUCUGUCUUCCAUCUAUCUAAUCCUGGCAACAUGUCGAUUCAAAUCUACAUGAUUAAAUUCACUAUGACAAGUGCGCGCGCUAUUACCGAUAUGUCUGUUUUCGUAAGGGUUACACAGGACUCGCACGCGCACAACACACACGUGGACGAUGCCAUCGGAAUAGGCUGUGUACAUUGGGUAAAGUGUGCGCGCGCGCGCGAUCCAAAGUCGCGCACGCACACAGAAACAGGUUUAUCUCCCAAAGUGGGUUGUGAGCGAAAGGGGGCGCUUGGUACAGGAUGAAUUGUGAAGUGGGCAGGGAGAGGAAACGGAGCGAUCGGCAAAGUUUAGACAGCGUUCGGUUGACGUUUGCCUUGUUGACGAACUGUUUUGGUGCGUCUCGUCCAGUAGAUUAUUGAAUUGAGGUGAUGGAUGGUGGGGCAGUGGGACGUCUUGAGUGCACUUUAAUUCUCAGUGGUUCUGAAAAAGAAAUAUCAACCAAACCGACGCGGACAGAUGAAUACUAGUCAGUAUCGAGUUCGUAUUAUUUGUUUCUUAAAAAUAUCUAACGAUCAUAAGUACAAAGGAAAUACAUCGACCAAUGUGAAAAUUCAAAUACAUUUCCUGUGCAUCGUUUAGAAGGAAGUUUAAAAAAGAAAGUAGUAAACCACAAGAUGUUUCCUAUUUAGAUGCCAAACUUCGACAGUUUCACACCUCAUUUUUUUUGUAAAGAAGUUACGGCUGUGUUUUCAUGUUUACACUUCAAACGGAGUUUCGGGGAGGCCUAUUUUUUUUUGCCUAUAACACAAACCGUCGCAAACAUUGUGCCUAAUGUAAUAAACCUGUCCAAUUAUAGGGUAACAGACACGUCUCGCACUCUCACGGUGAGAGGAAAACGCACGAAAAGAGCCCUGUGUGCUCGUAUCGCAGCGCUCGCUGCCCCGGGGCAUAGCUCCGUACGGGUCGGCACGAACGCAGAACGCGCGCGGGGGUGGGUGGUGGUGGUGCACGACGUGGCACAACUCACGGGAGCGAGCCGUAUGGGGGUUCUCGAAACGUCGUCGAAAUUGCGGUUAUUCGUGAACGGGAAAGAGUUUUUUUUUCUUCCUGUUUGUUUGCGUGAUCCUGUGAAUAUACAGUAUAUCACUAUAUAUACAUAACGUGUGCAUGUAGACCGUGACACCAGCAGGUCGAACAUCUGGGGAAUUUCGUGUUCACAUGACGGCGGCUCGGCUGGGUGGCCUUUUGGGUUUGGUUUGGUUGACCAAACGCGACGGGCCCUCUGCGCGCUGCGUUUUCCACGUCGCGAUUCUGCCGGCGUGGGCAGAGGUCAGAGCGUUAUCGUCCGGUGGCCGAAGUCCCCCCCUCCCCGCCACGUGAAACCAGUCUGGGGGAAUACGUCCGCCUGUCGCAUCCUUUAUUCUCACUUGGCAAAUCGAGUACCAUUUUUUUGUUUAUUUUAAUUUGUUUGUACAGAUGGUCCCGUUUUUUUUAUCCAGUCCGCUUAUUUGCAAGGAAGAUCGGUGCUGCAACAUCACCCACCCAGGGGUGUUACGUUACAGCGAGAACUCCUCUUAUCCGGCGAUUAUUGGUGAGAGGGGGUGGGGGGGGGAGUGACGAACGACACGGGGAUCCUAUUAUCCGCGAUGCUAUCUCCAAAUUUACUGAGGGUAAUGUACGGAAAAAUAUAUAUUGUUUGCCAAUAGGACACAUUGUCCCACAGGGGUGCAAGAUGGGGAAAAGCCACGGAUGAUAACGUACAGCUCUGGUGGAUAACGAGAGCGGGCGGAUAAUAGGGUCAACGGAUAAGAGCAGUUUCGCUGGAAACGGUUUGUGCGGCGAGGCAAAUUCAAAAAAAGGGCAGGGCAGAAAAAUCACCGCGCUGGGUAUUUCUUGUUCGUGCGCAGCGAAUAUUUGAUGGCACCUCUCCCUGAAACCCUUCCAGGCCCUGCAGACAACAACAACAACAAAAACCCCACACGCAGGCUCUCACAGGCGCCACCACUCGGCCCUUACACGCACACCGAAUCCUCCUCGCAAGGAUCGUUCGGCGGCUGCUGCCAGUUAGCAGCGGUGCAAAAGCCCCAAUAGCAGCAACGACGCCGACAAAGCACUCCGACGCGUUCGUCACUAACACCGUGGCCUCGUAUUUUACGCGGUGCCCUUCUUCGCGAGCGCAUAAAAGCGUUCGCUGGGCACUGGAGAAGGGCCGUCGCCCCCUAUACGUCGCGGUGUCAUCGUAUAUAGUGUUCCCUUGUAAGGCCCCCCCCCCAACGUGUUAUUGACGAACGUGUCGAGUCGCUCGUACGAAGCUGCCCUCGUCGGCACGGCCCCCCCUCCAAAACUCCAUGGCAACCCGCGGGGUAGUGGUGCGGGAGGAUGAUGCUGGAGGGUGAUUAGUAUUCAGUGGGUGCAGCCAGAGGGCUGGGAGAGACGUGCGAAGGCAACGGAGACACGAGCAGAAUUCGCGCGCCGCUUUUUUUUUGUUAUCGUCGAUCCUCGACACGGCGCGUCGAUGUGGGGUUUUUUUUCGAGAGAGAGAGCGAGAAGGGAAAACAAUCCCAUUAAUACUAUUGGAGUGUGGCUCGCGUUAACCAGUGUUAAUUUGAUUUUGGGUUUUUUUUGUUUACGAUAUUUCACGACGAAAUGAUUCGUCGGCGAAGUGUGGGUUGGUUUUAUUUUAUUUUUUCGGGUCAACGAUGACUGCGGGGGGCUGUGUGACCGGGCGAGUCGACUGGGGGCCCUCCACCAGAGGCCGACCCGCGACGAGACCAAUUUAACGAAGGGGGGCAGACGAUGAUAAUUUAGAGACGUCGUUACAGAUCGCAGUGCACCGUGUGGGGGGGGGGGGGGGAGGCCACGCAUGGCAAUCGGCCAUGCAGUGUAUGUACAAUCUAUAAACAGAUUGACUGAGUUCACGGAUUCGCUGACCAGGGAGGAGGGGGGGCGGCUGCGACUCUUACAUUGACGUGUAACAUCUGAAAAUGUGUGACUUAACGUUGAACUGCUGUAGUCGACUAAGCUGUAAAGGGCGACUUAAAUUCUGCAGGGUUGUCAUCUUGAUCAAGGCUACGACGGGACGAGUGAAACGCAGACUAAAUUAACACUGGUUACAGCCCAGUGGGCGACGUGACAGACACGUGGCUAGACAUUGUUCUCAAGAGGAAGGAAACCGUGCUCCAAGUGUCGUAGUCCAAAUACAAAUUAAGAUCAAUGCCCGCAAUUAAUUGCUUCUCAGUAAUAACAAUAAUUGCCUUGACACGAUUUCCCAAUUCAAAUAAUUCGCUUCCCAAGCUGAAUUUCCAUUGUGUGGGCUUUCAUCUGUUUAAAUAGAGGUCGCUGAAAUAGAACCAUUGUUAUUACCGCGGCAAUAGCAGCAUCGUAGUCGAUGUGGGACACUGAUGCGUCGCACCUUGCGUCGAAUAAUUCGCUCACGACACGAAAACCGCACAAUGUUUACUUACAAAAUGAAUACGAUCAGAGGCCCCGUAGCCAACGUUGUCCCACACCUGGAGAGGGAGUGUCACGAGCCAAUGGAAGCGUAUGAAGAAGAACGCCCCCCCUCCUCUCUCCGUGUUUUUUUUGUGCAGACUCAAGUUUUGCAUGCGAUUGUCACAGCGAUGAUGCACCCUGACCCCCCCGGGGGGUCCUGGUAUUACUCUCGGUCACGGCCCCAGUGUGAACUUGGGAAAUCCCCAGAUUGGUGUUUGCUCAAAAUGAGUGUGCCGUCACAAAAUAUAAUAUUUUAAAAAAAACGUGCAUUAUAUGGUUUUACAUUGGUGUCAAAGAAUAUUCUCGCCAUAUAUGCGUGUUCGUGUAUAUAUACACUAUGUAUUUGCACUGUACAUUUGUAUAUAUAUAGACAUACAUAUAUCUAUACAUAUUUAAAUAAGGGUAACCUCUUUUGUUGGUUGCACGAUUAUUAUAUCGUGACGCUCACCUUGAUCAAAUUAAAUUUGAUACCGUGUGGAUUUUGACUUUUGUUUUUUUUUAAUUAAAAUGCUGGCACUUUUGUAAAAACAUACACUGUGCAUCCGUGGGUUUCAGUUGUCACUUCGCUCAAGACAGUACGUGAAGGUAACGACACACAAACUUAAAGCCAGCAAUCUUUAAUCCAAGUGCGUGCCAUACAUUUUCUUACCAAAAUGAGCCGACGUACGAUGCUCACGUCUAAUUUCACUUUUUAACCUUUUAGUUCUCUUAAGAAGUCUGUCGUUUUCAUUUUGUCUUUUCUUUUCACCUGUUUACAACUUUGUAUUUAUUGUACACAUUUUAUAACGCGGAUUGUAAAUACUGUAACUUCACCCGACUUCACCCCCACGCCCAAUCACCCACCCCCCCUCUACCCCCAUGCCACAACGUUGCUUUCAAACAAAAGAUCGACUGCAUCGGCUCAGUCUGGCACACACCAAUCGGCAACCGUGAUUGCUCACGAACGGCGGUCAACAACAGUUGCGUGGGAGCUUUCUUGCUCCUGCCCCCGACGUCGAAAGUGCACAAACAUUUCGUAGGGGUGGGGAAGGAAGUAGGCGAGGAGGUUUGAACGCUCGGAAACGUGAAUAUCUGCAGAAUGACCGACCAGUCGACUCCAACCGCGCGCGAGUGGGUCUUUCUGGACUAGAAUAAAGCGUUGCAUUUGCUUUAAACAAAGCGGGGGGACAAGGGGUGGUUGCGGGGAAAAUGUUUCGCCGAGCUCCAGAAGUGAAUGCACGGAGAGUUUGUAUUAUUGAACGUGCAAACCAUAUUGCAGCAGGAGAAAAUAAAAUAAAAUAAACCCGAUGUGUUUUCACAAACAUGAAAAUAAUGUUUUAAUCCACAAGCAUGUCUGGCUUUGCAGGACAAAAUUGUCCGGCAGGAUUUGUUUUAAGUUCAAGCAAACACUCUGGGCCAGUUUCUGAAAAUGUUGGGUCUCAUCAGCCGGCUCCGGACUUGUUUAAUCCAAUGCUGCUGGCUUGCCAGGUGUUAUUGGCAAGAGCAUUUCACCUAACGGGGGGGGGGGGGGGGUUCUCAUACGGUCGGAUUUAUAAACGUCUAUACAGAAGGCAACUUCUGCACCAUGCACAAAUGCUUGCACCGUAUGGGGGGUUGUGGGUGGUGAAUUGGCCAGGGCGGAUGUGUGACGUUGUUACUCUAAAACUGUUAAUGCACGACAACAACAACAAAAUGACAGCAGUCCACUUCAUCAAAUACUGCUGCUGCUGCUUCUGCUGCUCAUGCCCCGUCCGUCGUCUAAAGCCAUUGGUGGUGGUGGUGGUGGCUUGGCUCUGUGCACUGUGCAGGCAUGGGUUCCGACAAUCUUAUUCUAUGGUACAGUGUAAAUGUACAGUAUAUCGUGCGUAGCGGAGAUUUUAAACGAGAGUUGAUUUUUUGUUUUGGGAGAGGUGGCGGGCGGGGGAAUUCUUUUUAUAUAUACAGUACACGACCAGAAGAACUUAUGAGCAUGAAUAUCCAGUAAUAUGUUACACCAACUGGCUCUCGGUAGUUUGUGCAAGGACUGUCUACACUCUUAAAAGCAAUAAACACAUGCUGCACACAACACGGA